GGUAAAUCAAAUUGAUUUAGAACCGUAUCAGGUAUACUUUUAACCACGUUCUACUUGAAGCGCAUUCAUCGCUUUAUCAGAGUCGUCCAAACCAUCAUCUGAAGUCCCAUUCUACAAGUCCAAACAGUGCACCCUCAUUCAGUCAUCUGUUUAAGCUAUCACUGAGACUCAAUGAAGAGAAGCAUUUACUCGAACGCAGAGAGGCUGCAGAUUUUGAGGGAUACAGAUAAUUUCUGUGUCAAAGAUGCCGCUAGGAUGGCAGGUGUCACUACAUUCACGAUACGGCACUGGAGGCGGAACAGAACAAAGUAUCUGUCAGGACCGCCAGAUGAACGUCGAUGCGUCGAAAUAGUUCCGUUAGCUCAGUUCGAAGCAGCAGUCAUUCAAAUGCUUGAAGGUCAGAAAGGGAGACGAAUGAGAUGUUCACACCAAGAGCUGAUCCGGAAAGUAAAAUCUCUGUCAAAACAGUACCGACUCCGUAAAGGGAUAGAUUUGCUGUCCUGGAUCGAUCGAUUCAUGCAGCGUCAACGACCAUCACUGAAGAACAAGUUACUCUGUAAUGGAGCUGCCGCUCGCAUCCCGAAGGAACCACGGUCGACAAAAAACGUCGCGACCAGAUUGUCAAUUAAGCCUGUGAAGAGACGCGUUCUACAGCCACCCGAAACCUUGACGAGGAUGGUGCUGAGGAGAAGGAUGCCCUCUGGAAAAGAGGAGCUUGACCGGGAGCCAAGUGAACCAGAUCCAACAACUGACACGCCCCGCUCAGAAAGCUUGUCUGAUAUUCUACUAGGUAUUGCUGAUGCUGUGUCGUUGCUUUCCAGUCCGCUGCCUACUCAUGAGGAACUGGUCAAGCUGGAGCAGGAGUCCAAUCAAGAACGACGAAACGAAAGAUUCGACGAAAACUCUUUAUCGCCGAACGACAUUGUCCGGGAUUUACACUGCACGGACGCAUCAGCAUCCUUCACUUCCAGCCCAUGGCCGUUCGUUUCGGUCGCCCCGGAUCCCUGGACUCACUCUUCGUCUACCUGUUCCUGCCUGUGCCGGUACCAGACUGGAAAUUGA